AUGACUUACAUCACGGCCGAAUGCUUACUAUAUGGACAGGAAACAGGGACCUUUUUUGCAGUACAAAAUGUCGUGAAGAAUAUGAAACGGCAUGGUAUUAAAGGGAGCAUCGUGAUGAUUUGCUCCCAAUCAUCGCAGCACGUCUGCCCUGGUCAUCUACUGACGGCUUAUGCGGGAAGUAAGGGGUUUGUGUUCUCCAUGGCAAGAAAUCUAGCCCAUGAGCUCGCUUUCGAUGGCAUUCGAGUCAAUACAGUUUCCCCUGGAUACAUCGCCACCGAUAUGAAUCUAUCAAUUGCAGCUCAUCGACCGGAGUUGUUCGAAAUCUUCCAUACAGCACCACCCCUUGGGCGCGUUGGAACCCCCGAUGACCUUCGAAUGGCUGCAUUGUAUUUGUUGAGUGAUGCUUCGUCGUACGUCACAGGACACGAUCUUGUUGUGGACGGAGGCAUGCAGGUCUCAUCUGGAAACUACAAGCUAUAG